AUUACAGGUGUUGUUUUGUUCUGCGGCAAAAAAUGUCUAACAAAAAACCAAAUUGGGUCUCACGAAUAUUUUUUUGGUGGGAAUUGCCUAUAUUGAUUAAAGGUUGGAAAGAAGGGCUUACGGAACGAGAUCUUUUUUCAGUUUACACAGAUUAUCAGUGCCAACGUCUUGGUGACAAACUAGAAGAAGUAUGGUCCAAGGAAUCAGAAAAUGGUACAAGAUCUUCUUUACUAAAAGCUAUAAUGAGUACAUGUCAGUUUGAAUGUUGGUUAUAUGGCAUCAUAUUAUUUCCAAUCGAUCUUAUUCUGGCUUUAUUACAACCAUUUUUGUUGGCAAAAUUUCUGGAUUAUCACACGCCGAACCAAACUGAAGUGACUAAAACGCAAGCCUAUCUGUAUGCAUCAUCCAUCGUCAUGCUUUCGUUCAUUUAUAUUUUAAUAUUCCAUACAGUUAUUUUGGAAUUGUACAACUUAGGAAUGAAAGUAAGAAUAGCUUGCAGUUCGUUAAUUUUCAAAAAAUGUCUGUCGCUGAGGAAACAUACACUACAAGAAAUUACCGUUGGAAGAAUUAUAAAUUUACUCUCAAAUGAUGUAUAUCGGUUUGAUUUAAUUUUUUCUCAUUUCCACUACAUGUGGAUCAGUCCUGUUAAACUUUUGGCAUCGACCUACUACUUAUAUAUGACUUUUGGUUAUACAUCUACACAUGGAAUCAGUGCAAUAAUAGUUGCUUUAUUGUUUCAAGUUUAUAUUUCAAGAAAGGCAGCUAGUGUUCGCAGAAAUGUAGCAUUAAGAACAGACCACAGAAUUCGUUUAAUGGCAGACAUAAUAAAUGGAAUUCAACUAAUUAAAAUGUACACCUGGGAAAUACCAUUUUCAAAACUAGUCCAAACUGCUAGAAAUGUGGAAUUAGAACAAAUCACUCUAGCCAACCAUUUCCGCAUUUGUAGUAGCAUUAUCAAAAUCUAUGUUCCAAAAAUUUCUGUUCUGCUCUGCAUCCUUGGAGCUUAUUUCAGAAGAUUAUCAAUAACUUCCCAAUAUGUUUUUUCUUUGACUAACCUAUACGAAAAUUUGAAGUUCACAGCGAUAGUACGCAUGCCAGUAGCGUUUUUCCGGUACUCAGAAGCCAAAAUCUCGAUCCAGAGAAUCCAAGACUUUUUGCUUUCGGAGCAUUGCGACGUUGAUAAAAAUAUUUUUAAGUCGACGGUAAAUAUGUCUGGUGUUUUCUUGCAAAAUGUUAGUGUUAAGUGGGACCAGAGUUCAUCUUCCAAUACUUUGACCAAUGUUACGUUCUGUGCAGAACCUGGAGAAUUAGUAUGUGUAAUCGGAUCCCCCGGAAGUGGCAAAUCUACUUUGCUGCAAGUUGUCUUAAACGAGCUACCCCUAACAGAAGGAACUGUAGAGGUUGGAGGACGAGUUUCUUAUUAUUCUCAAGAACCGUGGCUUUUCUCGGGAACGAUUCGAGAAAAUAUACUUUUCGGUUUAGAAAUGGAACAAGAAAAAUAUGCUCAGGUGAUAAAAAUGACUGCUUUAGAUCAUGACUUACUACAACUUCCCUAUGGUGAUAACUCGUUGGUAGGUGAAAGAGGAGUGAUGUUGAGUGGAGGGCAAAAAGCUAGAAUUAAUUUAGCUAGAGCUGUAUACGGAGAGGCAGACGUUUAUCUGCUAGAUGAUCCAUUAUCAGCUGUUGACGUACACGUUGGCAGGCAAAUUUUUAAUGAGUGUAUCCACAAAUACUUAAAAAAUAAAUGUGUGGUUCUGGUGACUCAUCAAGUAAAACUGUUGCAUAGUGUGGAUAAAGUCUAUUUAUUAGACUCAGGAAAAGUGACCAAGGUGAUGAGACCUCAAGAAAUGACGACCAUACAAUCUUAUCCUUUUGAAAAUAACCAACGAACGGAGAUAGCACCAAAGCAGUCAUUAAGAUCAACAGAUGAAGAAAUCGUGGAGAAAAGAGCAAGUACUAGUGAUUAUGCCAACUAUUUGUUAGCUGGAGGAAGCUGGAUUUUAAUAAUUACUCUUCUGCUCUUGCUAAUUUACAAUCAAAGCUUAGGAUAUGGGAUAGACUAUUUUAUCACAUUUUGGGUGAAUAAUUCGCAAAAACUAGACAAUACACAGAAGAGAUUUUUUAUGACGAAGCAGUCGUUGUACAUCUAUGUUUUUCUCAUAUUGUUUCUGACUAUAGCUACUCACACAGGGGCUUGGUUUUUUGUUAAAUUUUGUAGAAAUAUAUCCGAAAAUUUUCACGAACGCAUGUUUUUUAAAGUUCUUUGGUCACCUAUCCGGUUUUUUCAACACAACUCUGCCGGUGGUAUUAUGCAUCGGUUUUCUAAAGAUAUAGGACACGUUGAUGAAUAUAUCCCUGGUAGCCUCCAUGAAGUGAUUACCCAAAUUCUUAUGGUAUUAGGUUUAACUACAGUCAUUUGUGUGCUCAACCAUAGAUUGAUCAUACCAUCCAUCAUCUUGUACAUUGUAUUUUACUACUGUGCUAUAAUUUUCCAACCUAGUAACAUUUCCAUACGAAGAAUCGAAGCAAAUGCCAGAAAUCCAAUCUUCAGUCACUUAACUUCCACAAUACAAGGUCUUACGAUCAUUAAAGCUCUCGGUGCUCCAAAAGUACUUCAGAAAGAAUUCAACAAACGACAAGAUUACCACACUUCAUCCUAUUACUUGUUUAGAAGUUUAUUUUUCAGUCUCGGAUUUUGGACUGACGUUUUGCUUCUGUUCUAUACGGGAGCUGUGACUUUCAGUUUCUUUUUCAUUACAGAAACCAACGUCGGAGAUGUUGGAUUAGCAGUGACACUUUCCACUAUCCUGGGAGGAAUGAUCCAACUAGGAAUGAAAAGUUGGGGCGAACUCGAUUCUUACAUUUCCUCAGUAGAACGAAUUGUCGAAUAUACAAAUCUCCCACAAGAACCAUCCAAUCAUUUCUUCGUUCCUCCAACAACAUGGCCAGAAAGAGGACACAUAUCGUUCUGCGACGUGUCUAUGCGUUAUUCUCCCAACAAUCCUCUUAUUCUUAAAAAUAUAUCUUUUGAAAUUCAACACGGCGAAAAAAUCGGAAUACUUGGUAGAACAGGUGCAGGAAAAACUUCACUAACAUCCGCCCUCUUCCGUUUAUUUGAUUUCGAUGGAUCGAUCUUAAUAGAUAAUGUGGACACCAAAUCAAUAGCUCUGACUACUCUUCGCUCUAAACUGGCGAUUAUUCCUCAAGAACCGGUUCUAUUUUUGGGUAGAUUACGCAAAAAUUUAGAUCCGUUCGACCAGUUCACGGACUUACAGUUAUGGCAAGCGUUAGAGGAGGUUCAGUUGAAAGAAUUCGUAACUUCGAAGCCUUUAGGUUUGGACAGUAAAGUGUCAGAAGGUGGUUUAAAUUUUAGCGUUGGUCAAAAACAACUGUUAUGCUUAGCAAGAACACUUUUGCGAGAUGCUAAAAUAAUUGUUUUGGAUGAGGCUACCGCUAGCGUUGAUGUCAAUACUGACGAAAUAAUACAGAAUAUUAUUAGAAGGCGGUUUCAGAACUGUACAGUGUUAACGAUUGCCCAUCGUCUGAAUACCGUGAGGGAUUCUGAUAAGAUCCUGGUGAUAGAAAAUGGACGUGUUGCUGAAUUUGGAUCUCCUGAAGACUUAAUGAAAAAUUCAGCCGGGUUUUUUUAUAGAUAUGUGCACAGAAAUUGAUUCCCUUUGUCGAUUAUGUUAUCAUAUCUAAAAAGUGUUUAUAAAUUUGCAACACUUGUUUUUAAGUACGUACAAACUGUUGUCGGCUUUGGAUAUUUAAACAAUAUAUUUUUGAUUAAAAAUAUGUAUAUAGGGAAUACAGU